CCAGCAGGGUUUAGGAGUUCCAAGGUAUAGAACUUAAGUAGCCAUGAUUUCCAGUGUGUGUGCCUUUUAGUAUCCACUGUCAUAAUAUUCAGAUCCUGCAAAAUCUGCUGUAAACAGAACAACCACUGUGUCCUAAAUUGAAGGGUUCCAAUAUGUCCAACAUCCUUUGCUUCCAAUGUUUCCAAUGUCCAGGGUUUCCAAUGGCGCCUGUGUCAAGGUCUUCCAACAUCUCCAGGUCUUCCAGCAACCUCAAGUCUUCCAACAACCUCAAGGUCUUCCAGACAAUCCUGGUCUUCCAGAAAUCUAAGUCUUCCAGAAAAUCUACGUCUUCCAGAUAAUCCACGUCUUCCUGUAAUGAUAAGUCUUCCACAAAUCCAGCUCUUCCAGGAGAAUCCACGUCUUCCAGACAAAUCCAUGUCUUCCAAUAAUUUCAAUGUCUUCCAGCCAAUUUCCAUCUGCCAGGAAAAUCUGUGUCUUCCACUAAAUCCUAGUCUUCCACUCAAUCCAGGUCUUCCAGAAAAAUCCCAAGUCUUCCAGUUGAUCAUCAUUGUCUUCCAGAAAGAAAUCCAGGUCUUCCAGUCAGUCCACGUCUUCCAGAAAAAUCCAUGUCUUCCAGCAAAUCUAGGUCUUCCAGCCAAUCCAGGUCUUCCAGGAAAAAUCCAGGUCUUCCAGCAAAUCUGUGUCUUCCACCAAAUUCAAGUCUUCCAAUAAAGCCACGUCUUCCAGAAAAUCCAUGUCUUCCAAUAACCUAAAGGUCUUCCAGCCAAUGUAUGUCUUCCUGAAGAUUUAUAUCUUCCAGAAAAUCAGUGUCUUCCCAACAAUCCAGAUCUUCCGGACAAUUCGGGUCUUCCUGAAAAUCCAUGUCUUCCACAAAAGACAGGUCUUCCAGCAAAUCCACGGCUUCCGAUGACCUCCAAGUCUUCCAGACGAUCCACGUCUUCCAGAAAAUCCUUGUCUUCCAUCAAAUCCAUAGCUUCCCGAAAAAUCUAUGUCUUCCAGCAAAUCCACGUCUUCCAGCAAAUCCACAUCUUCCAGAAAAUCCACAUCUUCCAGAAAAAUCCUCGUCUUCCAGAAAAAUCUAUGUCUUCCAACUAAGUAAUCCAUGUCUUCCAACAAAUCGAUGUCUUCCUGCACCUCCAGGUCUUCCAGCAUCUCCAGGGCUUCCAGCAUCUGCUCGUCUUCCAACAUUUCCGUAUCUUCCAGUGUCUCCACGUCUUCCGACAUCUUCAGGUCUUCCUACAACUACCCAGUCUUCCAUCGGCAGGCUCAAUAUCCACGUCUUCCAACGUCUCCAGUGUACCGGUCUUCUGACAUUCAGGUUUUCCUGUGUCUGCAAUAUCCAGGAUCUACCUGCUUCUUCAAAUAUCACUGACUUCCUGGGCUCCUGAUCACUGCUUUGUGUCCAACCAAUGGUAACUACCACUCCCUAAAUCCCAGCAUGCCAACUUAGAGAACUCACUGUUUGGUUCUCCAAGUCUCGACUCUCUUCAUCAGGCACUUGGCAGCAAUGUUGCUACUCACGCCUCUGGCUGGUGAUAUGAAUAACAUGAAAGGCACAAUAUCCAAGUCUAAUUAGGCAAGUGAUAUCUAAAAAUUUAGACUCAUCUAUACAAGUAAUGCAAAGGAACAACAAUAAUAACAAUUAAGAUAGAAAUACCUUCUGAAUUAUAAUUUACAAAGUACUAUCACUUCACUUAUUCAUCUAUCCAUCCAUUCACCAAAUAUUUAUUGAGUGCUAACUGUGUGCCAGACAUGUUUAAAUGGAGCUUUAAAAUCAGCUGGGGGAGGUAUUUAUAGGAAAUGUAAAAGUAACUGAUCAGUUGUUUUAUCAGUAUGCUAAGGCCAUGAAGGAAAACUAGGUAUAAAGAUGCUGUGAGAGUUUGGAGAAUCAAGGAAAGCAUUUCCAGAGAAGUAACAUUCAUGUUGGUUCUGGAGACUCUAGUUUUUCAUUCAGCUGUCAGAGUGACUUUUUAACUUAGGUGAGAGUAGUAAUGACAAAGAAGAUGACAUCUUAAAAAGAUAACACGUAGAUGUUUUAUUAAAAAUUUAAAAACAUUUAAUUAUUGUUAAGUGGUCAUAUAGAGGGAUUUCAAUUCAGCCUGUCAGGUUAUGUAUGUGAUGUUUUGUUUUGACCUCUGUUUGAAUCCCUUGUACUCCACCCUGCCUCCAUCAAGGAAUCUAUAAUGCUUGUACUUUUUAUUAUUUUCACAUCAGGAAAUUUAUCCAAGGAAAGUAUUUAGAAUGUGGAAAAUCCACACUGAGCAAGGUAAUGCAAAGGUAAUCCCAGCGCUUGGUUGAGACAGGAGAAUUGGAAUUUAAGGCCAAUCUAAGCUUCAUAGUGAAACUUUGUCUCAAACAAAAUAUUUACUAAUGGUUCUUACAUAUGUUAUUUGGUAUAAUGAAAACCAGAAAAACCUUACAGUCUAGCUUUAAGAGAAUGAUUAAGUAAAUGGUGAAAACCAGAAAAACCUAGCCAGUCUAACUUUUAGAUAAUGAUUAAGUAAAUAUGCUAUUUACAUAUAAUAUACUGCCAUUGAAGUAUUUAUGGGAUGUACAUUACAAAAACACUAAAUGAAAAUAAUGACAUACAGUAUGACGGUAGCUAUUUUAGAAUAUGUAAUCAGGGACAGACUAAAAGAGAUCAUUUAUAAAUACUGAGCAAGAUUGUGGUGAUUUUGUUUUCUUGUUUAUAUUUGUGUUUUUUCCCAGAGUCAUUACAAUGCGAAGUUAUCUUCUGUAGGGAAAAAUAUUUAAGCAGUUAUACACAAAUGUAUUUAUUCAUUUUUUUACCUGCUUUAUUGUAGAAAAACACCUGAAAAUAUAAGUAAACAAAGUGAAAAAGUUAAAUUCUCAAUCAUAAUAUAUAGAGCAAAUUACUAUUAAGAUUUUGGUGUAUUCCUUUCAGGCUUUAUGACAAGUAUGUUUAUUUUCUCACUAUCAGUAACUACACCUAUGUUAUAGUCUUCAUGCAUUAUUUACUACUCAUUCUAGUGGGUUCUAAGUUUG